GGAUAUGUCGUUAAAAAAUAUGCAAUGUAAAUAAUUGUUCACAAGUAUCAUACGCCAAAAAUGCCUCGGGAGGGUCUUUUCCAACUUCCAAUUUGUUUUACGUCAAAUGAGACUUUUCUACCUUUCCUGUGGUAAAAUAAAUCUAGAAACUUAAAAGUGUAUUUCUGUGCUGUUACGCGAUCAAUGGGCAAUGCAAGACAAAAAAAUAUAAUUCCUAGCAUUGUGCGAUGCUCCCACCUUUGACAACAUGGAACCAAGGCGGACAUGAAUGGGAGGCAUUAUUGGUUUGCCAUCGUCAGCUGCUCAGCAGAACAACUGGGAAUUUCAUAGGUCACCACGUCGAUAUCCACAAAGCAAGUAUGACUUCAAAGGAAAAGAGAGGACAUCAAAAUCAUUGAAGAACCCGCGCUCGAAGCCAAGCGCUACUUCCUCCAAAUGCCGUGGAGGAGGCGACGGUGACCAACAAUCCGAAAACGAAACGAGACUCGACGAUACGCUCUAUAAUUUGUUCAGAACCGUCUACUUGUGGGGUUCUUCCUGGGAAAAGGGCGAUAUCAUGACAUCGAAAAUCAAACGAACCAAACCGACCUGUCCCAAGCGGCAGACGACCAGGAGGUCAGCGACUCAGAGGGGUGAGCCGUGGUGGGAACGUCUGAGCCGCACCAAACGCCCGCAGUGUAACACGGAAACGUUCCGCUCCUUCAACUGGUGGCAGGCGAGGAAGGAUUGCGAUUGCACGCGUGACUGCAUCCACGAACUAGCCAGCCAGCUCUCCUCACGCUGCGUGGACCUCGACGCCAGCGCCGACCGCCUCUCAAAGCCCAGAAAGCCGAACGUGCUGUCAUCAGACCGCAAGCGGUUUCGCUCCUUCAACUGGUGGCGCGCCUGCCGCGCAAGGGAGAAGCGUAUCCCGCCAAUCACACAGGUCUCGUCUCGGCUGACCGGGACUCGGAGGAGGUCGACGGACGCGGAGUGUCCCGAACCGUGCUCGGACAGCUCCAGCACCACGGAGAAGGUGUACCGCACCUUCUCCUGGUGGCGCCCCAGUCGCAGCGACUGCGCUCGAGGCGCCGGCGGUCCGCACACUCGCAUCUCGCGCAGUCUCUCGCUCGACUCGCGCUCGCGGCGCAGCGGUAGCGGGGAUGAAGUAUACGGCCGGCGAGAACGCUCCCUCUCCCCAGCGCGGCACAAGACGGACAAGCCGCCGUGCCCGUCACUGUUCCGGAGUUUCUCCUGGUGGCAGCUGCCGCGUGAGCGAGUGCUCCGCUCAGAAACGAGCUCGCCGCCUCCGAAGCUGCGACGCCGCGUGAGCUUCAACUUUGGCGAGGGAGACGCCAGCGGCGAGAGCUCGCCAGGGGCCGGUGAUGUGCCGGCUCCUGGCUGGAAACGCACCGUGAUCAAAUCCCGGGAGAACGAACAGCGCACUGUGCCCGUCCAGCCGGAGCCGUGCCGACCGAAACCGCGGCCGCGGCCCCCCGACCAGUUCGGCUGUGCAAAAAUCCUCCGGGACGCCGCGCAGGCUGGGGGUGGUGCUGGGGACAAGCACACUACAGCGGCCAAAAAGAAACCACCAGAGAAGGUGAAACACAGGAAGCCUGUCCAGGCACCGGCGAAAGGCGCCAAGCAUGCAGCGCCUGCAGCCGCUAAAAGGAAACCCCCUCAGCGGUCUAAGUCACCCCCCAGAUCCAAGUCACCCGGGAGAUCCAAGCAGCGUGGAAGAUCAAAGUCACCAGGGAGAUCCAAGCAGCGUGGAAGAUCCAAGUCACCGGCGAGAUCCAGGUCUCCAAAAAGAUCCACGUCUCCAAAGAGAUCCAGAUCUCCAAAAAGAUCGAAAUCACCGCCGAGCCCAAAGUCUCCGUCACGUCACGGUUCUCCUAAGCGACACGGUGUGCGUUUCUCUCCACCUCCUCGACCCAAAUCAGCAGAACGGAGUCCUCCCCGGUCCAGGACUCCUCCCAAAUCUGAGUCGGAGUCAGCGGAGUCCGACUACUCAGAGUCGACGGUCAGCUCGAGCUCGGCGUCGACCACCUCCAAGACGAGCGGCACCGGCUCACGGCGGAGUGGCAGCGCCAGCUCUCGACCUGACUCGGCCAGCAGGGGCAGCCCUCGGCCAGCCUCGGCCGGUCGCAGGGGGCCCGACCAGCGCACCCCGCCGGUACCAGAGGAGACGCCCCCUCCUCAGGUGACACAGGUCAGCGACCAGUCCAGUCGCGUCGCCUGGAUAGGCGUGGUCAAAGACUGGCUGGCGGUGAUCCGAUCCUGGACAGGACGCACCUGGCGGAUUUCGAGGGUCUCUCGAAAUACCAAGUGUGUGAUGGCGGCCGGCUUGAUGUCAGUUUUAGCCGGAUACAUCUCUACUAACCAUUGGGAAGAAGUGGAGGAGUUGUUGGGUUUGACUCCGGAUGAUCCAUGCGGAAGGCCAGAAAAUACAUAUUUUUGCAUCUGAUGAUUGUUGUGUCUGUAUUCAUGUAGGUAGAUCGUUCAUGUCAAGACUUGUGUGCACAGUGCAACAAUAAAGCAAUGUCCAUUGCCCAGGCCCGAUGCAUA